CAGGAGCUGAGCUCGGAAGCAAAGCCCCCAAACCCUCUUCCUCCGCCGUUUACCCUUCCGCCGCCGGCUGCCGCCGGAACGCCAUGGUGGUAUCACACCUGCGAGCGGCCCUCUCCCGCAUCCUCCGCUCCCCAUCCCGCCUUCCCGCCUCCUCGCACGACCCUCCCCUUGUCUUCCUCCAGUCUUCCGCUGCCGCCGCGUCCUCUUCCGGCUCCUUCGCGGCGGAGGACUACCUCGUCUCCCGCUGCGGCCUCACCCAGGCGCAGGCGCUCAAGGCCGCCGCCAAGAUCUCCCACCUCCCUUCCCGCGCCAGGCCUGACGCCGUGCUCGCCUACCUCGAGAGCACCCUCGGAAUCCCCGCCGCCGGCGUCGCCAGGGUCGUCGUCAUGGACCCGACCUUCCUCUGCGCCGACGUGGAGCAGACCCUGGCCCGGCGCGUUGCCGACCUGCACGACCUCGGCCUGUCGCGGGACGAGAUCGCGCGCCUCGUUCCCCUCGCCCCCAACUCCUUCCGCAACAGGUUCCUCCGCAGCAAUCUCGAGUUCUGGCUUGCCGAGCUCGGGUCCUUCGACAAGCUCCUGAAGGUCCUCAGGUCGUGCUCCGGCCUUCUCAGCAUGGAUCUGGACAAGGUUGCCAGGCCCAACGUGGACUUCCUCCGGCAAUGCGGCCAGGACAUCUCUGAGAUUGCUGGCACCAAUCUCUACAUCAGUCGGAUCUUCACCAUGAAACCGGAAGUUCUCAAGGAGACUGUCCAGCGAGCGGAGGAGUUGGGCGUCGAGCGUGGUGCCAGAAUGUUCCGCCGCGCUCUUGCUGUGGUUGCUUUUACUGACAGUGAGGUCGUUGCCAGGAGAAUACAGCUGUUACACAAUGCUGGGUUCUCAAAGGAUGAUGUGCUGGCGAUUGCGAGGAAGCAGCCUCUCGUUCUGGGCUUGUCUGAGCAAAAGGUUCAGGUAAAUGUGGAUUUCUUGCUGAAGGAUGUCGGUCUGGAGGUAUCCUAUAUUGUGCGAAGACCAGUGCUGCUCAUGUAUAGUGUUGAGCGGCGGUUGUUGCCCAGGCAUUGCUUGCUCAAAGUUCUCAGGGAGAAGGGUCUGCUGAAGGGUGAGCCGGACUACUAUGGCACUGCCUCAAUGGGUGAGAAGAUUUUUGUGGAGAAGUAUGUGCAUCCUUUCAAGAACCAUGUCCCAGGCCUCACCGAUGACUAUGUCUCCAAAUGUUGGGGGAAGGCAAUGGAUGGAAUUCGUAGCCAAAAGACUGACUGAAUAUUGCUGAAGCUUGUAGUGGAAAGGACAAGUAGGGACUUUUACAAAUUCGCCACUGGUGCAAAUGUUACUUCAGUCACCAUUUAGUUCUCGAUUGAUAUGACAUUUCCUAUUUGCUCUGUAAUUGUUUUUUAAUUACGUGUCAAAGGGGGUAUACUGUACCUCAAAGGCUCUAAUGUCAAGGAGUGCUCAGCUCAGGGGAGUUUGUGUGUUAGACAUAAAAAAGAUCACUUAUUGGUUACAUGGUUUACUAGUUUUUUUUUCUCUUUGAAGAAUAUAUGCAUGCAUAGUACCUUAUGCAUAUAUUUGUAGACAUGCAUCUAUUCAUAAAAGACAGACACGGGUGAGUUGUACUUAGUUUUUUGUAGAGUUACUGCCACUCACAACACUCAUUGCUAGAACCUAACAUGUCACUUGAUAUGGUUAAAUGUUAUUUCCGCAUCUAAGUCGGUCCCAAAAGGCUAGUAUGAUUUGCUAAAGAUACAUAGGUUGAAUAUUUCAGAAGAUUCGUAGCAUUCCCACUCCUUUCUAAAUGCUUCUUGCUCUUAAUAGUUAGCUGUGAAAAAUGUUUUAUUCAGUUCAUUGGAUCAGCUUGAUAAUAUAUUGAUUCUCUUUCUACAGAUCUUGACAGAACCUAGAGCAGCAGUUUAGUGGUCAAGAUCCAUGGUGCUGGCUGACAACCUGCCAUAACAUGCAAGUUGUUUCUAAUUGUCUGAGGGCAGGGUAUAGUUCACUCACUGUCCAAGUUGCCUGUUAUCUUAUGUUUUCCUCUGAAUGUGCAUCAUGAGAAAACAAUAGUGUCUUUCCAUGGUAAUCAAACAAAGGCAACAUGUAACGUAGUCUCUCUUUUAGGUUUUAGAAGCAUUGAGCUUGGGUCAUCUUGUUCUGGAUUUAGACUAUUUGGUUAGAGCACCUGUAGCUCCUUGUUCAGUUCCAUGGUACUUGGACUUAUAGCAUUGGAGUGAGAUAACUGAAGUGGUCUUAAUCUGGCAAGAAUGAUUACACACAGGGAUGCAAGAUUGGAGACAGAUUUUGGCAGCUCACCACCAAGCAUGUCCUAGUGGAGGCUGAUGACACAAUGGCGGGGUGUGGUUUGUGAAGAAAGUGAUGAAAUUCCCUGUCCUGAGCACUUCUUGCGUUGAGCAUGUUGCCUUCAAAGGUAUCUGGGCAAAGUUUUCCAAGGGGAUAUGGUGCCAGUGAGGCUAUUAACGCCUGGCCAUAGGGAGUAGAGCAUGAUUGUGUUGGCUAGUUAAGAUGGAAUUCCUCCGACAAAUUUGUUAUUGAGCAUGGGUAGGCCAGCCCUGUGUUAGAGGGUAGUUUCUCAUGCAUCUUGUUCUCAGUUAAUCCAAGGUCCAUAAGUGAAGGUGUGGAGGGAGAUCCUCAGGGCUGGUGCGUGAGGUGUGGUUUCCUGCUGCUAUGAACGACCUGAGUCCAACGAUUCUACACAAGUCCUCAGGGAUGAUGCCCUCGAGAUGGUUGCUGCUGAGGUUGAUCCCCCUCAGGGAAGAAGAGAUUAGCGAUUGACAGUGGGAUUCCUCCCGUGAGCUGGUUCAUGCCAAAGCCUGAUGCUCACUAGUUUGCUGCAGUUCCUCAGGCCAGCUGAGAUCUCACCCUGGAGUGAAUUGUUUGAGAAGUGAAGAUAUCAUAGCCGGUGUAGGGUGGCCGACAGUUGCAGGGAUUUGAUUUAACAAAGUUGAUGCUGGUAGGAGCCCAUGAAGCAUCUCACAUUCACGGAGGAAAACUCUGAUGAGAAACGACAUGGAUGCAGUGUCCUCAAUUUGCUGCCAUGAAGAAAGACCAAUUGUGUAUGUAUACAUUGUAUAUCGUAGGUCAAAUUUCAAAUGGUAGAACAUGUCUUCGUA